UAUUGAUUACGUACACCGUGGAAUCUAUUUAUUAUUCAUAAGGCUUCCCGGGCUCCUCUGGGUCACGUGUGCUUUUUCGCGCGAAAACCUUUUCUCGGAGUAGGAAGGAGCUUGCAGCGCUAGAAGUGGAGCUCAAGCAACUAUGGCGGAUUCCUCAGAGUCUUUAAAUAUAGCAUCCUCCAGCCCAGCCCGAAGAUAUAGACGGGUCAGUGAUGGUUUAACAUCUAGCCCUGGGCGAGGUUCCCGUCGUGAUGCUUUGACCUCAAGCCCUGGCCGCGACCUGCCACCUUUUGAAGAUGAAUCAGAGGGUCUUCUGGGCACUGAAGGGCUUCCUGAUGAAGAGGAAGAAGAUGGAGAAGAGCUUAUUGGGGAUGGAAUGGAGAGAGAUUAUCGAGCCAUUCCUGAGCUAGACACCUAUGAAGCAGAAGGGCUAGCCCUUGAUGAUGAAGAUGUGGAAGAGCUGACAGCCAGCCAGAGGGAAGCUGCUGAACGAGUUAUGCGGCAGAGAGACCGUGAGGCUGACCGAGGCUUGGGACGCAUGCGGCGGGGGCUACUGUACGAUAGUGAUGAAGAAGAUGAGGAACGGCCAGCCAGGAAGCGGCGCCUGGUAGAGCGGGGCACAGAGGAGGGAGAAGAAGAAGAAGACAUGAUAGAAAGCAUUGAGAAUCUAGAGGACUUGAAAGGCCACACUGUUAGGGAGUGGGUGAGCAUGGCAGGCCCUCGACUGGAGAUCCAUCAUCGAUUCAAGAACUUUUUACGAACUCAUGUGGAUGGACAUGGUCACAAUGUCUUCAAGGAGCGAAUUAGUGACAUGUGUAAAGAGAACAGGGAGAGCCUGGUGGUGAAUUAUGAAGACCUGGCAGCCCGGGAACAUGUCUUGGCCUACUUUUUACCUGAGGCACCUGCAGAACUCCUAGGGAUUUUUGAUGAAGCUGCCCGAGAGGUGGUGUUGGCUAUGUACCCAAAAUAUGACCGAAUUGCCAGUCACAUCCAUGUCCGGAUCUCUCACCUUCCCCUAGUAGAGGAACUUCGCUCCCUCAGGCAGCUACACCUGAACCAGCUGAUCCGAACCAGUGGUGUGGUAACCAGCUGCACAGGAGUCCUGCCUCAGCUCAGCAUGGUCAAGUACAACUGCAACAAAUGCAACUUUGUCCUGGGGCCCUUCUGUCAGUCUCAAAACCAGGAGGUGAAGCCUGGCUCAUGUCCUGAAUGCCAGUCUACUGGUCCUUUUGAAGUCAACAUGGAAGAGACAAUCUAUCAGAAUUACCAGCGCAUCCGAAUCCAAGAGAGUCCCGGUAAAGUGGCUGCAGGCAGGCUUCCUCGAUCCAAAGAUGCCAUUCUUCUUGCUGAUCUGGUGGAUAGCUGCAAGCCAGGAGAUGAAAUUGAGUUGACUGGCAUCUACCACAACAACUAUGAUGGCUCCCUCAAUACUGCUAAUGGCUUCCCCGUCUUUGCUACAGUUAUCUUGGCCAAUCAUGUGGCCAAGAAGGAUGAUAAGGUAGCUGUAGGGGAACUUACUGAUGAGGAUGUGAAGACUAUAAUUAGCCUUUCCAAGGACCAGCAGAUUGGAGAAAAGGUCUUUGCUAGCAUUGCCCCCUCUAUUUAUGGACAUGAAGACAUUAAGAGAGGGCUAGCCCUGGCUCUGUUUGGAGGAGAACCCAAAAACCCAGGUGGCAAGCACAAGGUUCGAGGGGAUAUUAAUGUGCUGUUGUGUGGGGAUCCUGGUACUGCCAAAUCUCAGUUCCUUAAGUAUGUGGAAAAAGUAUCCAGCAGAGCCAUCUUUACCACUGGCCAGGGGGCUUCAGCUGUAGGGCUCACUGCAUAUGUCCAGAGGCAUCCUGUCAGUCGAGAGUGGACCUUAGAAGCAGGAGCCUUGGUUCUGGCUGACCGAGGAGUAUGCUUAAUUGAUGAGUUUGACAAGAUGAAUGACCAGGAUAGGACCAGCAUCCACGAGGCCAUGGAACAGCAGAGUAUCUCCAUAUCCAAAGCAGGCAUCGUCACCUCUCUACAGGCCCGCUGCACUGUCAUCGCUGCUGCCAAUCCCAUAGGUGGACGGUAUGAUCCAUCAUUGACAUUCUCAGAAAAUGUGGACCUCACAGAGCCCAUCAUAUCCCGCUUUGAUGUCCUGUGUGUAGUGAGGGAUACUGUGGAUCCUGUCCAGGAUGAAAUGCUGGCCCGAUUUGUGGUUGGCAGCCAUGUCAAACACCACCCCAGCAACAAGGAAGAGGAUAUUGCCAAUGGCAGGACACUAGAACCAGCCCUGCCUAAUACAUAUGGUGUGGAUCCCUUACCUCAGGAGAUAUUAAAGAAGUACAUCAUCUAUGCCAAGGAGAAAGUCCACCCAAAACUUAACCAAAUGGACCAAGAUAAAGUUGCCAAGAUGUACAGUGAUCUCCGGAAAGAAUCCAUGGCUACAGGCAGCAUCCCCAUCACAGUUCGGCACAUUGAGUCAAUGAUCCGAAUGGCAGAAGCCCAUGCCCGCAUUCACCUUCGGGACUAUGUGCUGGAAGAUGAUGUCAACAUGGCUAUCCGAGUGAUGCUAGAGAGCUUUAUUGACACUCAGAAGUUCAGUGUCAUGCGCAGUAUGCGUAAGACCUUUGCUCGUUACUUGUCAUUCCGAAGGGACAACAAUGAGCUAUUACUCUUUAUACUGAAGCAGCUAGUGGCAGAACAGGUAAUCUACCAGCGCAAUCGAUAUGGGGCCCAGCAAGAUACCAUUGAGGUACCUGAGAAGGACCUAGUGGAUAAGGCUCGCCAGAUCAACAUCCACAACCUCGCUGCUUUUUAUGACAGUGAACUCUUCAGAAUGAAUAAAUUCAGCCACGACCUGAAACGUAAACUGAUUAUCCAGCAAUUCUGAGACCUUCAGCCACUGUAGCUAAUUAUUAUGCACUUUGCCUCUGGAAGGUCUAGUCGAAGUUGAGCACCCUGUUUUCUUUGUGCCUUAGGGAGACCUCACCCACAGAUUUUGUUAAACCAUCAAUGGACAGGAAAAUGGAGGAGUCCUGUUGGUGCAAGGUUCAGACACCUUAACUUGAUCACCAGGGUCCCCUUGGCUGUGGGCUGGAAUGGUCAUUUUGUGUGUUCUCUAUCUUUGCUGCCUUAGAUGCCUAUAUUUUGAUUUUCCUUCCUAACUUCUCUGGAGUUGAGUUCAUAAGCCUGUUGGUUUUGGUCAGAGAAAAUUACACAUUUAAUAUACUGAUGGUGUGAAGAUAGCCUGGCCCUAAUCCAUAGUUGACUUAGGCCAGAUGAAGGAAUGAGAAUGAUUUCUUCCACUCCUGGUAUCAUCUUAUGUAUCAGCUUUGGUUGCUUCUGCCAUCCUUUGCAAUUACAAGUGAAUAAGAAAGGCUAGUGUGUAUCACUUCUAGAACUGUCUGCCCUAUAUUCCUCUGGAUAGAGGCAAAUGUCUGUAGAACAGAAACCUUGCAAUGUAAAGUAUAUAAUUCUGACUGCUUGGCUUCCCCCAGCUGAGGAGAGUUAAGCAGCAAAUAUGUUAUUAGAUUAUGUGAUUAUAAGGGCCAGAGGUAGUCAUCUUUACCACAUCUACUUUUUCCCAGCUUGGCUGUUUCUUUUACCAUUAGUAUUUGUACAUUGGACUUUCACUGUUUUCAUUUUGCAUAAAAUGAUUAAAAUGUUUAUUUUCAAA